UACCGAAGAGGGGGAAAGAGAAAGAGAGUAAGAAAGAGUGCGGGUGCGUUUGAGUUGGCGUCGAGGAACAAGCAUUGGCGGCGUAUCGUGUGCGCGCCUGUAUGUGCGUGUUUGUCUGUGUGUGUCUUUGCGAGUGUGACACAACGACUUGACACAGCGUUAGUGUGAGUGCUUGCUGGAGGGACACCAUAAAACAUUCACGGGCAUAUAUCGAUUUUAAUGGCGUUGGCAGAUUUGAAAUACCGUUGUGUGAGUGGGAGGGAGAGAGAGAGCGAAGGGGCAUAUUGAUUUCUAAUUUGUGUAGGCCGUGUUGGGAGAACCCAGUGUCGCGGUGUGCAAUUGCAAAGGAUGCAUAAAACGCACAGGCAAAGAGGCUUCGCUUGCCCUGACUAACACACCCACUUUAAAAACGGUGAAGGUGAAGCAGUGUUCGCGAUUCCAGAGCGCGCAAAACAAAAUUGGCGAUCCCCGUGAAAAGAUUCUAGAACGUCGGUGUCGUUUUGUGAUACACGCAUGCAGUGAUGUGUUUUUUAUGUUGUUUGUUCAGUGUAUGGCGCUCUAGCGGUGCCCGUGACGUCAUCCCGUAGCAACAGGGGGCCUUCGUGUGUGUGUGUGUGAUACCAGUGAUAUGAGAGAACGUUUUUAUGGUAGUAAAGUGAUGCUCGUGUGAACAGCGCGGCUGGAGGAGAUACCUCGUCAGGAUAACCACUCUACACAGCCGACCUGGUAUCAUUUCCAAGAAAUACCAUCCCACAAACACCAGGUUGUAAUGAUGUGAGAGUGACCCACAAUGGGUCCUAAAGACCGGGACCGAGGAGGAGGAGGAGGAGGUGGAGGCGGCGAGGAGGAGGGUGGAGGCGGAGGCGGGGGUGGCAGUGGCAGUGAUGGAAGCGGCUCCCCCUCGGCGUCCUCGGAGAUGUGGCUCAAGCGCCUCCUCACCGCGAUAGCCAAGAUCAAGUCGCAGAAGCAGCGGCCCAAUCUGGAACGGAUCACCCAGACCAUGAGGCAGCUCUACACUGUCCCUCCUGACGAAGUCGUCACCAACCUCCAGGCACAGGUUGAUGCGGGCAAUAUCUUGUACAUUGAAAACAAGGGGAUCGAGUCCUACGCGGACCCCAAGAACCCACCACAGCGCACAGGGCGUGUCAGUUCUCGCGCGCCCACGGCCACCUCACGGGCGGCCGACCUGGUGGGCAAGGUUGUGCGGGCGGUGCAGGAGCUGGGCAGCGAGGGAAGCUCGCUCAAGGACAUCGCUGCCCACCUCCAGGCCCAGGGCGCUCUGAACGACCCCGACGGUGCUAACCUCGUGCGCCACGCGACCAAACGCGCCCUCCAGCGAGGGUUCUUGGCGCAGAACGGCAAGCUUUACACGCUGGGCACCCUCACCAAGCACCGCAAGUCCACCGGGCGGCCCCCCGUCGCCAAGGCCCUGCACCUGGAUGACGACGACGACGAUGACAUCGGGCUCGCGCUGCACGACCGCACCCUCGAGGCCAACGCUCAUCUCCAGAACACCACCAUGCCUAUUUGCUGCGAGUGCCUGGGUACAGAAAAUAGUGUUGAAGGCGGCUUUAUGCACUGUGGUACCUGCCGGACCUCAGUCCACCCCAAGUGUUUGCGUCUUGACCCUGCGUCCUCUGUGAGAUUACAAAAGCAAGGGUGGCAAUGCGAAGACUGCAAACCUUGUAUAGUAUGUCGGAAGACUGCAUCAGAGGUCCUAGGCAGCCUAAUUAUAUGCACAACAUGUGAUGAGGGCUACCAUAUAAGAUGCGUCACACCCACACUGGAGCACCGGCCAAAUUCCCCCAACUGGUGCUGUUCCCAUUGUACCAAAGGGCCGCGAGCCACCAACAACAAUAACCGUAGCAAUACUGCAUCACCUACGGAAAGCAUCCAGGGUGAGGGCAUAGCCAGCAACAGCACCCUGGCUUCCAAUAGAAAAGGGCGAGGGAGGUCCCGGAAGGGUCUCCAGGAAACUGUGAGAAGUAGAAAGUACAGCUCCUCAUCGUCCAGUUCGCGGUCAAGGUCAGCAUCUCGAUGGCGUAAAAGUGAGAGUGAGCAGCAGAAGGAGCUACCCAGCGACUCAGAGGACAGUGAUGAUCCGGGAGUGAAUGCUGAAGUGUUGCUCUCCCCGCCCACAGUGGAGAGUAAAGUCAGUAUGGAGCCCCUCCAUCGACCACCUUUACCCCCAGGAGUCACUGAGAGAGAUUUGGAAAUGUUUAAGAAGGCUCAGGAACAGGCAGUGCAGGAAAUGGAUAAAAAUAGAACAACGGUUCAAGAGCGGGACCCCUUCAAUAUGUCACGGUGUCCAGCCAGCAUAGAUUUUGGCCAGUAUGAUAUUCAGACAUGGUAUUCCGCUCCAUACCCCCAGGAAUAUGCACGGUUAACCAAACUGUUCCUUUGUGAAUUCUGUCUUAAGUACAUGAAAAGUGUCUCUAUGUUGGGCCGGCACUUGGAAAAGUGUCUUUGGCGCACUCCACCUGGUACUGAAAUCUACCGGAAAGAUAAUCUUUCUGUCUUUGAGGUGGAUGGUAAUGUGAGCAAAAUAUAUUGUCAGAAUCUGUGCCUAUUAGCUAAAUUGUUCCUGGAUCAUAAGACUCUAUACUAUGAUGUAGAACCCUUUCUCUUCUACGUUUUAACUCGCAAUGAUGAGAAGGGUUGCCAUCUUGUUGGAUACUUCAGUAAGGAGAAGCUCUCAGCAUUAAAAUAUAAUGUGUCAUGUAUCAUGACUAUGCCACAGUACCAGCGGCAAGGCUACGGGCGUUUCCUUAUUGAUUUUAGCUACUUGCUGUCGAAAAGAGAGGGCCAGCCAGGAACACCUGAGAAGCCCCUCUCCGACCUGGGAAGAGUUUCUUACACUGCCUAUUGGAAGUCGGUUAUCUUGGAGUACCUGUUUCACCUACGGGACAAAAGCUCCUUCUGUAUCCAAGAAGUGGUCAAGGACAAAGCCAUGUAUCCUGCUGAUGUUGUGUAUACACUGAAUAUUCUUGGCUUCUUUAAGAGAAAUGCAUUAGGACAAAUGGUAGUUAGCAUAGACUGGAAUAUGGUAGAGGAACACUACCAGAAGCAGCUGAACAACCCCCGGAGAUUGCGGCUAGAUCCAGAAGCACUCCGCUGGUCACCACUUGUACCUGGGCAUAAUGUAUCCGUGCAACAAGACUCUGAUGAGGAGGAGGAAGAGAAAGAAGAGACAAAGGAGAAGAAAGAAAAUGACAGUCUGGAGAUCAGCAAAAACGAUGAAUCAUGUAAGAUGGAUGACAUCAAGGUGGAGGAAUCGGAGAAGGAACCAGUGUUGGCAGAUGAAAGCAGCAAACUACAAGAGGAGGAGGAAGAGCCAGAGCCGGAGCCGGAGCCAGAACCUGAGCCGGAGCCAGAGCCAGAGCCAGAGCCGGAGCCAGAGUCGGAGCCUGAGCCCAAGAAAGUGGAGGAGGAAGUAUCCCAAGUGCCUCCUGUGCUGUUGUCACCUUCCCCCAAGAAGCGAGGAAGAGCUGCCAAGGUCCCCGACACAGCCGAGAUUUCGGAGUCUGUGGUGGAAGCCAAAGAGAGGGAGAAGGAGAAUAUUAACAGCAGUGUUGAUGAUAUCAAACAGACUGAAAACAUUUCCUCACAAAACAAAAUUGAUGACAAGAUGUCAUUAGCCUCAAAGGAGGAUGCUUAUGUUUUUAAGGAAGAGGAUGAGAGCGAUUUUGAACCUACCUUCCGAAGCCUCCACAGCGAAAGGAGGAAGUCACAUACCCUCAAGGAAACUCAGUGUUCUCUGGAGAGGCGGAGAGGGAAACGAAGAGUGAGAGGCCACAACGAAGAUGAGAGGCUGAGCUUAGAGGAGCCGCAGCCAACAGAAAAAGAUUUUAUCAAAGACCUAGUGAGCAACAAGAGAGGCAAUCUAGAUUCAAUGUCUACACCAAGGAACUCAAGGAGAGUGGCAUCCAGCUCACGAGUUAACUAUGGGGAAGUAGACACUGAAGAUUCAAGGGAAAUUACAGAGGAAGACAAUGAUUCCUCAGUCAUGAUACCAAAGAGCCGGAGGGAAACCUCUAGUAGGACUAGAAAGAAACCUGAAGUUGGAGAGAGUGAAGAAGACGCCUCUGUUGUCAGGGAAACAUCUAGAAAUAAAAGAAAAGCGGAAGCACAAGAAACCGAGGAAACCAUCACAAGCCACAGAGAGUCCUCGAGAACUCGGAGAAAGCAAGACACCUCCAUAGGGGACAUGGAAAAGGAAUCUCAUAAUACAUCAGCAGGGGAGUCAGAGCGUUCACAGAGACUCAGGAAUAAGACCUUGAACUCCUCUGUCAACAGUAGUAGGGAAGGUCGGAGGAGGAAACACUCCGAGAUUGAGGAGGAAGAGCAAGCACCAGUGGAUACUGACAAGAAUGAGGCUCAGAAAAAUAAGAGCCAGCAGGAGGCAGAGGAGAGACUAACUCCAAAGCACAAACGAGCGAGAAGGAGUGAUGAGAAAGACCGCACAAUCAGUCAGAACCAUGAAGUUGUUGAGAGACACACGAGAAGAAAUAAUGAAGUUGAGGAAACAUCAAGAACCAGAAAGUCCAAACGCAUUGAAGAGCAACCAGAUCCGGUCAACCUCAGAUCGAAAAAGUCAAGGCUGAGCAGAAACCUCUCCUCCUCAGACGCAGCAGCUGCUGGCUUGAGGAGGAGUCUGCGUGGAGUUGCCAAUGGACCAGAAGAGGAAGAACAUGAGAAUGAGGAGGAUGGCAUGGACAGCGGAGACCUGGAGAUGCCCCACCUGGAGCCCAUGGUGGACCUGGAGAAACACUCAGCCACUCCAAAGUCCAACGAGUCAACAAGAGGGAGGCGAGAUUGUGCUGAGAGUCGUUAUCUCACAAAGUCGGAGCAAGGAAGAAAUGGCAAGGUGGAGACCAACCAGAAGGGAGAAGAGAAGAUCACCAAGGUGGAAGAGCCUGCCCAGCCUGCCCAGCCUUCCCUCGUCAAGAAGCGAGGCUGGCCCAAGGGAGUGCCUCGUGGGCCCAAGAACUCUAGUCGUGGUCGAGGCCGGGGUCCAGGUAGACCAGCCAGCCGGGGGCGGGGCAGAUCCAAGUUUCAGGGAGCGCAAAAGCCUGCUCCACUGGAUGGUCCUGAUGUGCAAGAGAGCGUACCUGAGAAUCGUCAGUCCCUGAAUGAUGUCACGGACGGACAGCAUGAUGAAGUUGAAGAGCCGAAGGGGGUUGAACCUAAAAAGGAUGACCCAGUUCCAGAUCCUGCUCCUGGGGAGAGUACUCCAGCACCAGAGAAAGAGGCUGAUGGCACUGCAGCACUCCCAGAAGCCCCUGUGGAAAAUGCUGCGAAGGAGGACAGUGCUGAAAAAGAUGAUAACGCACAGAAGGAAAGUAAGAGUGAGACCGAGGUUGAGACGGACAGUGUUGCGCCGGAGGAAGUGGAAUGUAAAGACCCCGAGAAAGAGGUUGUUAAAGAUUGUGAUACAAAUCCCGCUCCGGACGUUUUCAAGGACAGUGUUGUGGGUGCUAAUACAGAAAGCAAAGAAAGUGGUGAGAAUGAUGCACCAGAGAAGCAGGAGGAUGAGAUGGAGGUAGAAAAGGAAAACCAUGACCCAGCCAAGGAGGCGGUGCUGGAGAAAGAUGUGGCAGGGGAGGUGGAGCAAGAGCUAAGUGAAGCUGACAAAGCUGUUGCCAGCAUCAUGAAUGGCACCAGUGAGACCAUACCCAAUGGUGAUUGUCUGGAACAUGAAACUUUUAGCAAUCCUCCUCCUGUUGAAGAGGUGCCUGAGGUUCCAGAAUGUAAAGUUGGGGAUGGUAGGGUGGACGAAGCUUACCAAGAAGAGGUCACAAAAGCCGUAGAGAGCAUCUGGGGUGGCACAGAAGAACGAGAAUCAAACCUGGUCGAGGAUCCUCGGCCACCUGAAAUUAUAGAGGAGCCCAAAAUAUCUAGCCCGUCUGCCCCAAUCAUUCCUUCAUCACCCAUCCGCCACACUCUUUCUCCUGCCAUCCCAUCAUGUUCUCCUCUCCACCCUGAAGGUGAAGUGUCUCUACAAAGUCCAGCUAAUUCUGUUGACCAUAAUAGAUCCCCAGAAUCUUCCGUUCCACACUCCCCUAUACCGAGCACCCCUCCACAUGCCCCUGCACCUCCGUCCCCCACUACACCAGUACCCUCCCCAUUGCCACCGGACUCCCCUCUGGAGCCGCCAUGUGCCCCAGCUCCUGUCACUCCAACCUCACCAGGAUCUCCAGCCUCCCCUCCUUCUCCCUCCUCUAUAGGAUCUCCCACUCCUCUCCAUUCUCCAUCUUCUCCGAACUCUGAGAUUCCAGUAGACCACAUUCAACCUUCAGCUUCUCCUCAGCCACUGGAUCUGGAGGAAGACCAGUCGUGUCACUUGCCAUCUGCUGAAGAACCAAUGCCUGUGCCUGAGACACCCUUACUCUCUACAGUUUCUAGUCACCACAGCCCUGAUGUCCAGGAGAGAAAAAGUCAGCAUUGUGAACCUGUUGUAAAAGAGCUUGUUCAGGAUCAACAGCAGUCUCAGUCUCAGCCCCAGCCACAACCUCAGUCCCAACCUCAGCCUCAGCCACAACCACAACCUCAGCCACAACCUCAGCCUCAGUGUUUGCCCCAAGCUCAGUCAGAGUCUCAACCACAGCCAGAGACACAUUCACAACCAGAGCCACAGACAGAAAAACAACAGACAUCACAGUUGCAGACCCAAGAACAAGGGCAAGGGGAUGGUCCUGGAGAAGAAGAAGGCCAUGCAAGUGAGCCACGUGUCCAGGCUGCUGUACCUGGAGUUCCGGAUACCCUGAGUGCUGCUGGCCGUCAGGAAGAGAACCUGGCAUCCCAGAUGGAGCAAACAUAUGAACCUGCUGAUGCCACCAAAGUUGAUAAUCAUCCCACGGGACAAGAGGCUGCUCACACCCAUGAUCUAGCACUGGAAGUUGGAGAGGGGCCAAAGGUGACAAGUUCUGCUGGAAGCACUCCUCCAUCCUCUUGUGGGUCUACCAACACUACGUCAGUGAUAACAAGGCAGGCACCCACACCCACCCCACCACACCAACAGGAAGUUAGUAGUAUGGGUGUUUACACACCUGAUUCUACAACAAAUUCGGUCCACUCAAUGCACGGUUAUUCACAGGGUGAGUUUGAUGUGUCUCAACUUGGAAUUGAGUCACCGACUUCUAUAUCCAGCAAUGAGAUGGCUCACUCAGUAGAAGCCCCUCAGCAAGCCUCCACACCCCAGAGUUAUAGUGACUGUGCACAAGUAUCCAACCAGCAGGUCCAGCCCCCAACACCCACACAUGUUCAGCCCACAACACCAACUCAUGUACAGCCAUCAACCCCAACACACACACAACCCACAACACCAACCCCACCACACAUAGCCCGGACAACACCAACCCCAACUCCAAUUUUACCCCAGCCUGUUCCACAGCCCCAGCCUCAACCUCAAACCCAUUCGCAGACACAGACGCAACCCAUUAUUACACAGUCUACUUCUCAGAUCAUCCCAGCCAUUGGUGUAGUAUCCCUACCACAUACUCAACCACAUCAAGCCCCAACAAAACACCAACCUUCAAAACAGAGGCAUAUUCAGCCAAAACCACCAGCACAACCCCAGGUCCAGAUCUCAUCUUCAGGAUCUCGACCACCUUCAAAUCUAGGAACUCAGUUAUCACCUCAGUCUGCAAUGGCUGCUAUGCAUGCCUCCAGUCAGGCUCAUAUGAUGUCGCAGCGGAUGGUUGCUGGGACACCACACCCGCCCUCAGGCCUGAGUCAGCACCACCCUAUGUCCCACCAUCCUCAUGCUGCACAUCCUCCACACCCUCCACGCACACCACAUGUAACACAUUCACACUCUCAAAUGCAGAAUUUCACUCAUCAUCCAAAUUACAUGAUGGGACCACACCAGCAGAUGUUGGGUCACCACACUUCCAUGAGUUACUUGGCCCAGCCAACUGUAACAACUUAUGCCCAAGCUCACACUCCUGCUCACUCCUCGUCUUACAUGACUUCUGUUAUCCAGUCCCGCAUGGGCGGCCCUCAGCAACCUCCCAGUCAAAAUGCCUCGUCCUCUUCUACCUCCAGUACUCAACGUGCAACACAUGGGGCUAGCUCUUCUGGUGUAUGUGGGCCAUCACCCAGCAAUUAUCACUUCCUAAACUCCAGUCCCCCUGGGCCAUCCCCAACGCCAACACCCAUGGGGAGUGGCCAACAUCAUGCUGGAGGAGUACAAGCAAGUGCAUCAUCAUGUAGUAUAGCACGGUUACAGCAACUCACAAAUGGGAUAAUGGAUAUUGUUCCUCAACCUCCCUGUGCAGGUGUGACGCCUCCACCCUCUCACACUGUCACACCUCCUCCGUCUCACACAGUAACCCCGCCUCCUGCAGCAGCAGCAGCUGCUGCGGCAGCCCAGCGCAACAUGACACCUCCCAUCUCAAAUUUACAAUCCCAGGUGCCAUUGUCGUAUAAGUAUAAAUCCCACCAAGCAGCAGCUGCAGCACAGAUGUCCUCCAACAUGAUGGCUCCUGCGAUGUUGGGAUACCAAGUAAAUGGAUAUCGCAUGCCUGGCCAAGCGGGGGCAAUGUCAGCCCUCAAUCCUUCGUACCUGACCAACCCUUCAUUUAUGAAUCAGCAGCUACCAAUGCAGAUGAUGAAUAUGCACCCGCAGGCCGCGGGCCAGUACCAAGACCCUCGCACCCAGCCCCAGAACACCAUGUACCCACCAUAUUCGUAUAUGUCCCCACUGCAGCUCAAUGGCACCAUGCGGCGGUAGUCCCUCACUUAAAGUUUCAGUAUUUACUCAAUGGUGCUUAUAAAAGAGUGGCAGUGCAAGUGCAAAAUUAGUGUUCAGUGCUGGUUCAAUUUGAGGAGAGAAACAUAUGCAAGACUAGGCAAUAUUUUGACUAGUGAACCACAGUGUCAAGGGUUAUAACGAAAGGAAUGAUUGAAAAAAAACUUUAGUGACAAGGAACCCUGGCAUCUGUACCACUUAAAUUACACAGAUUUUUUAGUGAAAACUUUCAUAUUUUUGGGCCUGUUGUGAGAGCUAUAUUUUAGAUACUUAUUUAUGGUGUUUAUACACGGUUCAAAAUAACGACAUAGCCAGUUUACUUGGACUUGGUAACUGUGGUGGCUAAGUCCAUAAUUUAAGGACUCCAUAUCAAGUGGAGAAGACAAUUGUGAAGAAGCUUAUGUCUUCAGAUAUAUAUAUAAAAAAAAUAUAUAUAUAUAAAUAUAUAUAUAUCUUAGUGUGAACUGGUAUUCUGAGUUCAUGGUUAUGGACUCGAGUUAAACCUGAUUUUCAUCUAAGUACAAAGUGAUCUUAAAUAAUCAAUUCAUUGACAGAAAAGUGUGCUUAAUUGUUAUAGAGCAGUGUUAUCUAAGUUUAUUUUAGUGAUGAGGAAAAGUCUUAGUCUUUUACGUUGUGAUACUGAUCUUGGUGAGAGGCCAAAGUCAGCCUAAGAUUUUAGUAAGGAUGGGAUGGUUGCAUUUGAAGCCCCUUUUUCCCGAGGGAUGAUCAUUACUUGGGUAUUUAUGUACAACAUGUCAGUCAAGAGAUAUGUCGUGGCUUGGAUCUGGCUGUAGAGCACAAUGAAGUCAUUUUUGUGGUUAGUUUUGUAUCCAGCUGUAGAGAGGCUUUUUGUUUGUAUUUAUUGUGUAGGGGAACAGAUGUUUGAACAGUACAUAUGUGGCUCUCCAGUUGAGAUAUGUUUUCCAGCAUUUUUUUUGCCUUUGUACCCAGUGUAUUUUCUUUCCUUUUUUCCAGUUCUUUCCUUUUUUAAGGGAAAAAUAUUUUUACAUACAACUGAGUUUUUCUCAUUGGUACGAGUGCUUUAGUUACUCUGAUUCUUGAACAUGUUCCAGUAGGAAUUGGAAUGUCUGUUUUUUGUUUCAGAAAACUGAAAUAGUAUUAUCUGACCUCUGUUUAUUAGCUACUUUAUUUUAGUCAUAUUUAAUUAUGCAGUAAGGUCGGCAUAACCUCCUGAGUUCUUACAGACAGUAACACUUGAUUUUUAUUUUAUUAUGAGAAUUAUUUUUAUCAUAUUUACACACUAGCUUCAAUUCAUCACACAGGAAAGAAUGCUCUUCUGUGUAAUGUAGACUGUCCUUUUCAGAGUCCGAAGAAAUUAUACAUAUUGGUGUUUCAAAAAGUUUGACAAACUUGUAUACUCUUAAGAGCCUGACAACAGACAUACGUAUUUGUUGGUGAUCCAUAAUUUGAUAUUUGAUCAUUUAAAAAUAAA